GGGGUGCAUUGCAAGCCAACUCCAGCACCCCGUCAACUCCGCCCUCUUAUCUCUGCAGAUUGUGACAGUUUCGGGAGAUAUAGGUCGAUGCGAUCAAGUAUAACCGUGUGCCAUCAGAGCCACCAGGAUGCUCUCUGCAGCUGCUUCAGGCAAAGUCGGGUUCAAUAUGGGAGUGGGCAGGUGUGUUUCAGCCUGGUUAAGAGGGUCCCCCAAUGCCCUGAACAGAAGUAGGGACUGGGACCCCUCUCCCAGGUACAGCACCACAGCAGCCAAAUCCAGCACCCCGUCCUUCAACUAUGUCAUCGUGGGCGCUGGCUCGGCGGGCUGCGUCCUGGCCAACCGUCUCACGGAGGAUCCCCAGGAGUCGGUGCUCCUGCUGGAGGCCGGCCCUAAGGACAGGACCCUGGGCAACAUCCGUCUCUCCUGGAAGAUCCACAUGCCGGCCGCCCUCACCUACAACCUGUGUGACGACAAGGUCAACUGGUUCUACCACACCCUGCCCCAGGAGCAUGUGAACAACCGGGUGAUGUACUGGCCCCGCGGCAGGGUGUGGGGUGGCUCCUCCUCUCUCAAUGCCAUGGUGUACAUCCGGGGCCAUGGUGAGGACUACAACCGCUGGCAGAGGGAGGGGGCGGAGGGCUGGGACUACGACCACUGCCUGCCCUACUUCCGCAAGGCCCAGUGCCACGAGCUGGGAGGCGACCGGUACCGGGGAGGCAGCGGGCCCCUGCACGUGUCCCGGGGGAAGACGAACCACCCUCUACACCGGGCCUUCAUAGAGGCUGGCCAGCAGGCUGGGUACCCCUUCACUAACGACAUGAACGGCUUUCAGCAGGAGGGCUUGGGCUGGAUGGACAUGACCAUCUAUGAAGGUAAGAGGUGGAGCACAGCCAGUGCGUACCUGCGACCGGUCCUUACCCGAGCCAACCUGAGGACAGAGGUGCAAUGUCUGACCACCAGGAUCCUGUUUGAUGGGAGGAGAGCUGUGGGCGUGGAGUACACUCAGAACGGGGAGAAGAAGCAGGUUUUUGCUGAAAAGGAGGUCAUUCUCAGUGGUGGGGCCAUCAACUCCCCACAGCUUCUCAUGCUGUCUGGGGUGGGCAACGCUGAUGAUCUGAAACAGCUAGACAUCCCUGUGGUCCAGCAUCUACCAGGAGUGGGCAGUAAUCUUCAGGACCACCUGGAGCUGUAUGUUCAGCAGCAGUGCUCUCAGCCCAUCACCCUGUACAAGGCCCAGAAGCCUUUCCACAUGGUCAAGAUUGGCCUGGAGUGGCUCCUCCAAUAUACAGGAUACGGGGCCACGGCCCACCUGGAGAGCGGGGGCUUCAUCCGGAGCAGAGGGGGUGUGGCCCACCCCGACAUCCAGUUCCACUUCCUGCCCUCGCAGGUCAUCGACCACGGCCGCGUCGCCUCCAAGAUAGAAGCUUACCAGGUUCACGUGGGACCAAUGCGAAGUACUAGUAUUGGAUGGUUAAAGCUGAAGAGCGCCAGCCCUCUAGAUCACCCAAUCAUCCAGCCCAACUACCUCUCAACAGACACAGAUGUAUGGGAGUUCAGGGAGUGUGUCAAGCUUUCUCGGGAGAUCUUUGCCCAGAAGGCCUUCGACCCAUUCCGGGGGCCCGAGGUACAGCCAGGGCCUGAGUGUCAGUCAGACGCCGAGAUUGACGCGUUUGUGCGUGAGAAGGCAGACAGCGCCUACCAUCCGUCCUGCACGUGUAAGAUGGGUUCUCCAUCUGACCCAAUGGCGGUGGUGGAUCCAGAGACGCGCGUGCUGGGCCUCGAGGGCCUCCGUGUGGUCGACGCCUCCAUCAUGCCCAGCGUCGUCAGCGGCAACCUCAACGCCCCCACCAUUAUGAUCGCGGAGAAGGCUGCUGACAUCAUCAGAGGGCGACCGGAGCUCUGCGACCCCGGGGUGCCUGUGUACCAGCCUGGCUCUCUAGAGACCCAGCGAUGAGCUUCACACAGAUGUGUGGAAUCUCCUAAGGGCCUGAACAGCCAGAGGUGGAUGCUAGGUAUUCAUGUACACAUCCGUCUGUCUUUACCGCCAAAGUUUCUUUCUUUUUUUUACAAUUUGAUAUAUGUGAAGAAAAACAGUAGCGUAAAAAGUACAGAUAAACCUUCCAUUGUCUAACCCGUCCAUUGGUGUAAAAUUCUGGUAGAGCUUGUACCUUCAAGGGUCUCAGUGGCAGCUGCUUUUUUGUUAUUUAAUACUCAGCAUCAUGAAGAUGUAGUAGACUCCGUUGGUAGUCAAUAAAGUGCCACGGCAUGCUAACCAGCAGAAACUACAACCACGAGAAUCACUUUUGAUUGCAGUGUUUCCUACUUUCCUGAUAAUGCUGGUUUUCUGUCCAACCUCUCUUCGUUUACAAUAUACCACACCCUUGUGCCUUAUUGCUUAAUUUGAGCAGAGCUGCAAUAAUAUGUUACAGUAGUAUUCUCAUACGCUUGCAUAGUUCUAACCCUUAUGUUCAUGCUAGCCUUAACAAUGUGACUUCUAAGUCUUAGAGCUCUACUCAAUCAGAUCAGUUUUAGCAGACAUCCGCAUAGUAGUUGUUUUAGCGGUGUCCGAGGUGGGACAGCGUUAGAGCUGUCAAGUGUCUCCUGGCCUUAUACCUAAAACGGACAUUGCCAUUGGCCGCACAGAGUCACAUUAAGAUAAGUCCCAUGCAGCCUUGAUUACAAGUUUGAACACUGGAAUGUGAUAUUUGAUCUCGGACCUAGAUUAAAUCAGAUCAAGCGUGAACCGGCGACAGCCAACAACCACACAGCGGAUGUUUUGGCAGUGUCUGAGGGUUGGAGCUGUCAGAUUGGUGAGCAGCUGCUCUUAUGAUCAUUGUAACGAAGCCGCACCCGUCCGGUGUACGUUAGAAGUUCAGAACCAGAAAAUGUAGGCUAUAUAGAAAUGACGCUCAAAAUGAAAAUCAUUAAACAAAAUGAGGAUUUCUAUCAACCUAAUCCAGGUGUAGAUUACAUCUCAACAUUCCAGUGUUCAAACUUGUGAACAAGGCUGCAUGGGAUUUCUGUUAAUGCGACUCCGUGCAACCAAUGGCAAUGUCCGCUUUAGGUGGAUUCGACAUUUCUAACGCAGUUCCACCUCCAACAUCGUCAAAACAACCACUUUGCGGAUGUCGGGUAAAGUGGAUCUGAUUGAGUGGAGCCCUUGAGCUGAUUGACUCUAGGCCUUACACGAACACUUUGCACACCGAUUUUAGCGCAGACUCAAGAACCGCUGUGAUUGUGAAAAUAAUAUUCUUUAGAAAUCCUUGUAAGAUUUGAUUAUUUUUCUAAUGUCUGCCGGCUGAGUACGUAGAGCACAGAUGCUGUCCUCUGGAGGCAUUCAGUGCCGUGGAGUUUAUUCAGUUGUGAACAUUACAAAAUCAUCAGCAGUCCAUUGUAUUUCCAGGCAAAUAUUCAAGAGACUAACGCGAAUGUAAAAAAAUGUUUUUGUUAACUAAUUUGCUACUAUGUGGAAUUAGCUGUAAUGUUAGCGGGUAGAAAUCCUCAAGUACAGUGAAUCAUUUUAACCUUCAUUUACACAUUCUGUACAGGGUUUAACAUUACCAUCAACAUUUCAAUGCAUCUUUAAAACAGAAGUAGCCUGAACAAAUAAAGCUGUGAAUUGCACAAGUUGUUUAACAAAC